AUGAAGCGGUCACGUGAGCUAGCGUGCGUGUCGCGGGAGCACCUGUCAAUAAUCACCGGCUAUGGUAACAACGGUCAUAAUUGGCCACCGAGUGAAAUUGCAACCAGCAACGAUCACAUACGGGAGUUUUCGUGUGGCAAUCUGUUUUACCGUACAUUAUAUAUGAAUGAAGAGAGAAAUACGCUUUACGUGGGCGCUAUGGAUCGAAUAUAUAAACUAAACAUGACGGACAUCAGUCAGUCACAUUGUGAGCGAGACGCCUUACUACUGGAAGCAAGUAAUGUAGCACGAUGUGUAAGCAAAGGAAAAUCAGAGCCGUUUGAGUGCAGAAACCACAUUCGGGUGCUACAGCCUCUUGGUGACGGGGAACGAUUAUAUGUAUGCGGCACAAACGCCCAUAGUCCCAAGGACUGGGUUGUUUACUUAAAUCUGACUCAUCUACCGCGACACGAGUACGUGCCGGGGGUUGGCCUCGGAGUAGCCAAAUGCCCUUAUGACCCGGCGGAUAACAGCACAGCAGUGUGGGUCACUCAGGGCAACCCUGGCGGACUGCCAGCGUUGUAUGCCGGAACCAAUGCUGAAUUCACCAAAGCGGAUCCAGUCAUUUUCCGCAAUGACCUCUUUGAUUUCCGGACUGGACAAAAGAGGUUUAAUUUUAAGAGGACGUUGAAAUAUGAUUCAAAGUGGCUGGACAAAACGAACUUUGUUGGGUCUUUUGAUGUCGGAGAAUAUGUACUAUUAUUUUUUCGAGAAACCGCAGUAGAGUUCAUGAACUGCGGAAAGGCUGUAUAUUCUCGGGUAGCUCGGGUUUGUAAACAAGAUACAGGUGGAAAGCACAUACUUAGCCAGAACUGGGCCACUUAUUUAAAAGCAAGGCUCAACUGCAGCAUAUCCGGGGAGUUCCCUUUCUACUUCGAUGAAAUACAGAGCGUCUAUCAAAUACCAGGCGAUCCCACUCGAUUUUAUGCGGCUUUCACGACGGGUGCAAGUGAUGGGCUAGUCGGUUCAGCCAUUUGUACUUAUACUAUGGAAGAUAUACAAAAUGCUUUCGCCGGACGCUUUAAGGAGCAGGCGACUUCAAGUUCGGCGUGGUUACCAGUACUAAGAGCCAGAGUGCCUGAACCUCGUCCAGGUACUUGUGUAAACAACACAGAAGCGCUUCCGGACAAUGUGCUCAAUUUUAUCAGGUCUCAUCCCUUAAUGGACUCUGCAGUGAGACACGAGGGUGAGGCACCUGCAUUCUACAAGAGAGAUUUGGUGCUCACUACUUUAGUUGUGGACAAGCAAUUUGUUGACAUGCUAGGUGACGAUAUCACGUACACCGUCUUCUAUGCAGGCACGAGUACCGGCGAGGUGUACAAGAUAGUGCAAUGGGCCGGUGGCGGGUCUCGAGUAGCGGACGUAUGGCGUGCGGCGGGAACCGAGGCGGUGCGUGCCCUUGCGCUAUCACGAGUCACGCACGCACUCUAUCUCGCCACAGACAACCGCCUCCGACAGUUACCACUAGGAGCUUGCAUGCAUCGGUAUGACAGCUGCGUGCGUUGUGUCCUAGACCCAUAUUGCGGGUGGGAUAAAGAAGCUGGUGUAUGUCGUACAUAUACACCAGGAUUGUUGCACGAUGCCACUAACUCCACGCCAUCGAUAUGCGAAGCAAGUGCACCACAGAGAACAGUAAGAGCGGGAUAUGGGCAAAGUGUGCAUAUGUCAGCUUUCGGGAAGACUCCGGAAGCGCUAAAAGACCAGAACGUUAUCUGGUAUCAUCAUUCUAGGGAAAAAGGACGUUACAAAAUUAACUACAAUUGGGAGCGUAUAUUGCAGACCUCGGAGAGGGGCUUAGUAUUGUUAUCAGUGACCGAAUCCGAUCGCGGUCGCUACGAGUGUUAUUUUGGUCCCACGCUAAUCGCGUCGUAUAAUCUUGACAUUGAUACCCAAAGGUGUACACAACCAAGCAGAUCUCAAGAAUAUAAGCAGGUUUACUCGGAUUGGUGCCACGAGUUUGAAAAAUAUAAAAGUGCAAUGAAAGCAUGGGAAUCCCGGCAGAUGCAAUGCUCCAAAAACCUGAAUGCAUCGAGCCAGCAAAACAAUAUGGAUAACGAAAUAGUGGCCUCACUGCGGUGA